UCUGUGAGCCAACAGUUGCGCUCGGUGUUUGUCGUUUUAAAGCGGUAAACUGCUGAAUGAGCGGACAUUUUUUUUAAAUAACUCUUAUUCAACUCUUAUUUUGAAUAUGGAAACCAGCUUAUAAUUUAUUUUUGCAGCGCAUUGAAAUUAAAAAUUAACGAGGCGUUUAGGGAACUACCGACAUCAGUUCUUCCUGACAGAAAAUAAUGUCCCUGUACUGUGGCGUAUUGAACAUUGAGUCAUCUCGCGUGGACGUCCACAAAGCAGCGCGUCAUUUCAACUCUGUUUUGAGGUGAUUCCUUCGCAACGGCUGCGCGGCGUUUGUGCGACGGUCAUUCUGUGACAUAUAAUGACCAUGUCAGUCCCGGAGAGAAACUCUGGAUCCGAGGAGAAGGAAGAGGAGAGCGAGGAUGAGAGUGAGAUCGUGGAGGAGAGUCCCUGCGGCCGCUGGCAGAAGCGGAAAGAGCAGGUGAGUCAGGGGAAUGUUCCUGGCGUGGAGAGUGCCUCUCUGGCCAUGGACACUGAAGAGGGUGUUGAGGUGGUCUGGAACGAGGUUCUCUUCCAGGACAAGAAGGUCUUCAAGACAGUGGAGGACAAAAUGAAGGAGAUGUUUGAGAACCUGAUGCAGGUGGAUCAUCCAAACAUCGUCAAAUUUCACAAAUAUUGGCUGGAUAUCGGGGAUAAUCAUGCUCGGGUUGUGUUCAUCACAGAGUACAUGUCGUCUGGCAGCUUGAAACAGUUCCUCAAAAAGACCAAGAAAAACCACAAGAGCAUGAAUGUCAAGGCCUGGAAACGCUGGUGUACGCAGAUCCUCUCUGCCCUCAGUUACCUGCACUCCUGUGACCCUCCCAUAAUUCACGGCAACCUCACAUGUGACACCAUCUUCAUUCAGCACAACGGCCUCAUUAAAAUUGGAUCAGUUUGGCAUCGACUCUUUGUGAAUGGUAAGAGCAUUUUAACACCUCACUCAAUAUUUCACAUAUUAAUGGGAUUUCAGGUUAAAUGGAUUAUUAUUAUUACUAAAAUAAUACAAUUUGGCUUUUACAUGUUAUCUGGGUUUAAAGACAUGCUUCCAGAGAACUGUGUGGAGGAGAAGACCAAAUCAUUCGACCCGAAUGGAGUCAUGGCAGAGAUUAUUCACAAAGAUCAUCCUCGCGUUCAGCUCAAGUAUUCUCAUGUUUCUCCUCUAGAGCUGGACAAGUUUCUGGAGGAUGUGAAGAAUGGCAUUUACCCGCUGAUGAAUUUUGCGUCCACUCGACCCCAUCCUGUACCUCGCGCCCUCUCCAUGUCCCAAGAACAUGUGGAGACAGUGAAGACCCCCACACCCGAGCCCCAAGAGGUUGAAACCAGGAAGGUGGUCCAGAUGCAUUGCAACCUGGAGUCUAAUGAAGACACUACUAAAACCCAUCUCACUCUUUUCUUGAAACUCGAUGAUAAACUCCAUCGGCAGCUCAGCUGUGAUAUUAUGCCAAAUGACAGUUCCAGAGAUUUGGUCAAUGAACUUAUCCAUCAUUCCUUCAUCAGUGAGGAGGAUGGUGACAAGAUAGUGGCGUUACUGGAGGAUGCUUUGAACCGACAGCGUGGGUCCACUAGUGCCAUAACAACCAUAUGAAUGACAAUGGUGUGUUGCCAUGGCGAUGGACAUUUACAUGCCAGUGGAACCUGAGAGGGAGGCCCGCCAACAGAAGGAGAAGGACAAUAGAAACGAACGAUCCAGUUUGUCAGUUAGUAUGGAUAGUUGGAAUUGGAACUGUGGUCAAAUCAAGAUGACAGAACACGGCAUACUGGCUUUUAUGACAACAUGUGAUUGACCAGGUUAGGGGGCUCCAAGAAUGCCCAUCUAAGAUGAUUGUGCUAACCUCCCCGAGUCUCCAUCCAGCACUUCCAGGUGUCACUGUAGGAACCAUCCUUCCCACAAUCCCAUGGGAUGCUUAAGGGCAGUUCGGCUUCUCUUGAAAAGAGUCGUAUGUGGUGUUGGAGGUGUCUGCUGUGGAGAGCUCAAUAGAUGAAAAACGACCCGUUUAGGAAAACUAAUUUGUUAAAGUUCAAUAUUGCCAAUCUUCUUCAUUUUGUGGCUUAAACACAGUUCUGUGGAAAAACUAGGCCAGAAACAUGUUCUACACAAGUAUGCCAACACAUUGCAAGUGCACGUGCGUUUUUGUGUUACUGUGGCAUUAACACACCAGAGUACUCAAAGAGAGCAAUAGAGUUGCAAUAUAUAUGCCAUGAAAGCAGAGUUGUUGAUAUAGCUAUCAGAAGUUAAGCUUGACAAGUUUCUCUUCAAACUGUUGCUCUGCCAUAAAAACAGUUUACACUAAUGCGAAUGCUUCACUAGUGGCAACGCUUUAAAUCCGAGGUAGCACAGCUAGAAGCAUUAACAUUGACUUACUUGCGUAGAUUAUGUUACUGUC